AUGAGCUCCUACUUUGUAAAUCCUCUUUUCUCCAAGUACAAAGGCGGCGAGUCCCUGGAACCAACUUACUACGACUGCAGAUUUCCACAAACUGUGAGCAGAAGCCAUGCGCUCGUCUACGGUCCGGGCACCACGGCUCCCAGCUUUCAACACCCUUCACACCACGUCCAGGAGUUCUUCCACCACGGAACCUCCAGUAUCUCUAACUCUGGAUACCAGCAAAAUCCCUGCGCCCUGGCGUGCCACGGAGAGGCGUCUAAAUUCUAUGGAUACGAAGCCCUACCAAGACAGUCGCUUUAUGGUGCUCAGCAAGAGACGGCCGUGGUUCAAUAUCCUGACUGUAAAUCCUCCUCCAACAGUAACUCUAGCGAGGGACAAGGGCAUUUAAAUCAAAAUUCUUCUCCCAGUCUCAUGUUCCCAUGGAUGAGACCGCACGCUCCCGGGAGGCGCAGUGGCAGGCAGACUUACAGCCGAUAUCAAACCUUGGAGCUAGAGAAGGAAUUCCUCUUCAACCCCUAUUUGACACGGAAGCGGCGCAUUGAGGUCUCUCACGCGCUGGGACUGACAGAGAGACAAGUGAAGAUCUGGUUCCAGAACCGGAGGAUGAAGUGGAAGAAAGAAAAUAACAAAGAUAAGCUACCGGGAGCCAGGGAUGAGGAGAAGACAGAGGAGGAAACCAACGAGGAAGAGGAAAAAGAAGAGGAGGAAAAAGAAGAAAGCAAGGACUGA